AGUAUCUGUAACUCAUGAGCUUCGGGUCCAAAUAUUUGGUCCGUUUUAGCUUAUCAUAAUGUUAGUAGUGAAUUAUCACAGACUACUAGAAUUAUCACUAAUAAUUGAAUAAGUCGAUUAUACAUUCAAAUAAUGUUACCGAGAAGAUAUUCAGUUAACCAUAUUCACAACUUCAUGGAAAAAUAUUCCCUUGCAAUUCUUAAUUUUGAUAAAAAACAAUUAUCAAAUUCUGCAAAACUACCACCUCAAAAUAAACGAGUGGUUAUUUGUGGUGGUGGUGUAAUGGGGGCAUCGGUAGCAUAUCAUCUUGCAGUUUUAGGAUGGGGACAGGAAACAGUUCUGAUAGAGAAAAACAGAGUUGGAGGAGGAACAACUUGGAAUACAUCUGGAUUAGUUGGUGUUUUUAAACCUAGCCUUGCACAAGUAAAAUUGACAAGAUCUAGUGUGGAUCUUUAUGAAACAUUACAUUCUAAAGGAUUGCAAACUGGAUGGAAGCAAUGUGGUAGUCUUAACAUAGCAAGAACUAAAGACCGAAUGACCAUGUUUCGAAGGAUGAAAGCUCAAUCUGUCUCAUGGAACAUUGAUUGUGAGUUGCUUACACCUGCACAAUGCAAGGAGAAAUGUCCGUUAUUAUAUGUAGAAGAUCUAGUUGGUGGUAUAUGGAUUCCAGAAGAUGGUGUGGGUGAUCCAUAUAGAGUUUGCACAUCACUUUUGGAGGAGGCUAUGAAAAUGGGAGUCACAGUAGUAGAGAACUGCCCUAUAACCAAAGUUCUACAAGUAAAUGACAUUGUCAAAGGUGUGGAAACAGAAAAUGGAACAAUUGAUUGUGAAUUUUUCGUGAACUGUGCCGGAUUUUGGGCUAGAGAAGUUGGUCAGUUAUCAGAACCUUACAUAAAAGUACCCCUUCAUGCUGUGGAACAUUACUAUCUUCAUACAAAAUAUGUACCUGAUUUGAAUCCUUUAACUCCAGUUGUUCGAGAUCAAGAUGGCUAUAUUUACUUCAGAGAAAAUAAUGGAAGAUUAUUAGCUGGAGGUUUUGAGCCUAUUGCCAAUGCAGCAUUUGAAAAUGGAAAUGUACCAGUUGAUAAACAAAAAGGACAAGAUCGAUACCUUGAAGCAAAUUGGGAUCAUUUUCAUAUAUUACUUGAACAAUUAUUACAUAGGGUACCUUGUUUGGAAAAUGUUGUAUUAGAUCGUCUUUGUAACGAACCUGAAGCAUUCAGCCCAGAUUGUAAAUGGAUAGUUGGUGAAGCUCCUGAGAUUCAAAAUUAUUAUAUUGCAGCUGGAAUGAAAACAGUAGGUAUAGCAGCGGCAGGAGGAGUGGGUCAAGCGACUGCAGAAAUGAUUGUAUAUAACGAUACUGGUUUUGAUAUGUACGAGUUGGAAGUAUCACGUUUCUUAGGUUUGCACAAUAACAGAAAAUUUUUGAGAGAUCGAGUAAGGGAAGUUCCAAGUUUACAUUACGCCAUAAACUUCCCUUUUCACGAGUUUGUUACUGGUAGAAAUCUAAGAAUGUCUCCAGUUUAUCCUAAGCUGAGGGAAGCUGGGGCUGUAUUUGGUCAAACAAUGGGUUAUGAAAGACCAACCUGGUUUGAAGAAAGUCACUCAGACGAAUACUCAUCAAAUCAAUCAAUUGAAGAUUGGGCUACUAAUUUCCAAGUAGCAUCCGCAAAAGGUUUCGGAAAACCACAUUGGUUCGAUAGAGUAAGCCUAGAAUAUGCUUCAUGUAGAGAAGGCAUUGGUUUGAGUGACUAUUCUUCUUUCACCAAAAUUGAUUUGUGGUCUAAAGGUGAUGAAGUAGUCGCUGCCCUACAAUAUAUUUGUUCCAAUGAUGUGGAUGUCCCAGUUGAUAGUAUCAUUCAUACUGGAAUGCAAAAUAAGAAUGGAGGUUAUGAAAAUGACUGCUCUCUGGCAAGAAUAUCCGAGAAUAGGUACAUGAUGAUUGCACCUACAAUCCAGCAAACCAGAUGCAAAGUUUGGCUUCAACGACAUCUACCAAGAGAGGUAGCUAUGUCCGAUGUCACCAGUAUGUAUACAGCCCUAUGUAUAAUGGGACCAUUUACUCGAAUUUUAUUAUCAGAAAUGACUGAAACAGAUUUGAAACCAAAAAACUUCCCAUUUUUCACACACAAAACAUUGGAUAUUGGUCUUGCAACUGGAGUCAGAACAAUGAAUUUAACACAUACUGGAGAACUGGGUUAUGUUUUGUACAUUCCAAACGAGUUUGCUCUCCAUGUUUAUACAAUACUUGUUGAAGCUGGAAAAAAAUAUGGACUAAGACAUGCAGGAUAUUAUGCAACAAGAGCCUUGAGAGUUGAAAAAUUUUAUGCAUUCUGGGGACAAGAUCUAGAUACCAGGACAACUCCUUUGGAAUGUGGAAGAGUUUGGCGUGUGAAAUUCGAUAAAAAUAUGGAUUUCAUUGGACGAGAUGCGUUAUUACGACAAAGGAAUGAAGGAAUUGAGCGAAAAUACGUCCAACUCAUUUUAGAUGAGGAUUUUUGUUCUGAAACAGAUCUUUGGCCGUGGGGUGGUGAACCUAUUUAUAGGAAUGGAAAAUUUGUUGGAACAUGUACUACUACUGGUUAUGGCUAUACCUUCAAGAAGCAGGUAUGCUUAGGUUUUAUCCGAAAUAUAGGACCAAAUGGUGAGCUGCGGAAGGUAACUAAUGACUAUGUUAUGAGUGGGGAAUAUGAAGUAGAUAUUGCUGGAAUGAAGUUUCCAGCAAAAGUAAACAUUCACUCACCAAUUCUACCAACAAAAUAUCCAGAUCAAGAACGUGAUGUUUAUAGAGCAACAAGAAACAAAGAUAAAUUUGAUGCUUAGUAUUAUAUACAUAUUUAUGAAUUGUAAAUAUCCACUUGACAUAUUGUAAAUUAAAAUGAAUCAUAAUUGAA